GUAUGGAAGAAGUACCACCUAGUCCCGAAGUUGUGAAACGUAAAAAAACUCGCCGUAAACAUGGAUCUUCCUUCGCCCGGCUAUCUUUCCAAAACACAUCGUCCAACACCGAGAUCAAACAUUCGCAUGAUAAGGUGCCGGUCGAAUCUACCAAACCGGAAGAAAAACCGGAGGAUAGAGAAAGCAGUACGCAAACAAUCAAAUCGACCAGUCGGGUACCGAAAUUGUCGGAAAUUUAUUUUGACGAUAACAGCGAGGAAAUACAAACGGUGAAAGGAAACCCAUUAGCUUCGGCCAUUCUUCUCGAGAAAGCAAAUGCCAUCGCCUCGCCAAUUAGAGUGCCAUCAGCUGAAUUCAUUGCUGCCGAGAAUGAGGAGUUUCUUUCCGUCGCUGAGCUUGCCAAACGGAACAUCGAUCAACUGAAAGAUGCUGGAAGGACUAAUGCCAAAAAGAAUGCAGCUAAUUAUAGCUUUACCCAGUUGGAUCUGGACUCUCAAAUGAUUAAUAUUUUCGAGGCUGCUGAACUGUUAGCAUGUUCUGCAGUAGAAGAUCAAUCGAAACCUCUCGAAAGCGCGGUGCCAGAUGAAGCGGUAUCUGAUGCGAGAAUGCUGUCAAAUGUUGUAAUGGAAACUCGCCCGGAAAACAUUGCUUCAAGCAUCGAACCAGACCCUAUUUGUCAGCGUAACAUAGUUGAGACAAUACUACACGAUUUCGAGGAAGAUGUUGGGGUCUCGUGGGAGAUCGAUUUUUCCAAGAUACAGCCGGAAAGCGUACGCCAGCGGCUUCUACAACUGCAGGACUACAUCGCAAGUCCUCCAAAGUCAGUGAAAAAGAAUUCAGUCUGUCGAUCAUACGGGAACCGGAAGCGCGAUUCCAUGAAGAACUCUGUAGUGCGUCGACUAAGCUACGAAACGGAUUGUUCAUCCAGGGUCGAACAACCAUUAUCCGACGACGAAUCUGUGACCCAUUCCGAAAAAACCGUCGCCGACAGUGAUGAGGACAUCUCAAUGGACGGUGUGGCGCUGAACGAAAGUGUCCUUAUCCAGGCAAACCUAACGCAAUUAUCAGCCUUCUUUUCGCAAGCCAUCGUCAGCCGGUCCGAGAGUGAAGAUCAACCGAAGGAAGAGAAUCGCGAGGAUACCUCAUUAGAUCGGGAGCCUCCGUUUUAUGGAUUCACGUCCGAACCGUCGUCUCCGAUUUCACUCGCUCCGGACGAACCAUCUUCACCGAGAGUUUUGAGGUUUGAAUUCAAACCGUUCGAGGAUUCUAGUGACGAUAAUUUACAGUCGGUGGACAAUGAUGCCGUUACGGCACCGGCCCAGAAAUGUCCUCAUAUCGAGCAACUGCUUGACGAUGAUGAAGAUUUUCUUAUGUUGGCUCAUUCAACCGAGGAGAAAGAUCGCACCGACAGAACUACAAGCCCUCGUGGGGUUAUUAAUAACGAAAUUAAAAUUCCAUUGAACGUAGGUUCCAGCACCGCCAGAGAUGGCUCGAUAAAAGUGUCCGAUGCGGCGUUGAUCAAAGCUGGGGCAAUGUUUGCCGAAGAGGAGGCAAAAAUGUUACAUGAAAAUGAGGAGAGAUUCGGGUCGGAAACAUCUUCCACAAACCGAGGACAAAGAGCCGAAUCAACUUUAGAAGUGCAAUUCAACAAAUUACCAACGGCUCAUAUUGAUGGUUGCCAACAACAAAUACCUUCGGUGGCCGGGUUUAGUACUGCCGGAGGAAUAUCGAUCGCAAUAUCUGCGGAAGCUCUCGCAAAAGCACGAUCACUAUUUGAUGAAGCAGAGGUGAGCGAGCUCGAUCACAUCACAAGCUUAGAGGAAGCCAAAAGAAAACUUAAGACAGCAACGGGUACCAAGGAGAACCCUGUUCCCAAUGUCCCGUCCUUUACCGGAGGCUUCAGCACAGCCGGUGGAAGUAAGAUCAGCGUUUCAAAGAAGGCUUUAGAAAAAGCACGUGCAUUAUUUGAUGAAGAGGAAGCGAAACUGCACGAUCAAGGAUCGUCGACCAUUUCCUGCGAUCCACCAUUCACAGGAGGUUUUAGUACGGCCGGUGGAAGCACAAUCGCAGUCUCGAAGAAAGCCCUCGCAAGGGCGCAGAAUAUUUUCGACGAAGAAGAAUCGAAAAUGGGUAAAGAAAAUUUCUCCGGAAAUGCGCUACCAUUGGGUGCAGGAUUAAAUAAAGCUCUUGGAAGUAAAACUAUUCAAGAAAGAGCACAAAAUAUGGUUAAAAAAGAGGAAACUAAAGCACAAGAUAUAGGAUCACCGUUUGUUUCUAGUGAUCCUCCAUUCGUGGCAGGUUUUAGUACCGCGGGAGGAAGUACAAUAUCAGUAUCGAAACAAGCAUUGGACAGAGCAAGAACAUUGUUUGCCGAAAAUGAAGCACAAAUCGAAAAUCAGCAUGUAACAAUACAAAGGGAACGAGAAAAUGAUCCACCUCCUCCGAUGGUAUGUGGAUUUUCCAACGCUGCUGGAAAAAGCCUGCAUGUGUCGGAGUUAGCUCUCGCCAAAGCGAGACUUAUGUUCGAGCAGGUCGAACAGGAACUCGAACGAGACCAAAAUCUUUCGCUACCGAACAACAACGAAAGAAAACGGAAAGCUUUAUCGUCACAGGAGGAACCAACGACGCCCACGAAACGUCCCCGCAUGCACCACCUCCAGUCGGUGGCGGUGGCAACGUUUCAAACGAGUACACCGGCAUCGGUGCUCGCUAAACCGACGCGUUCCUCCAAUUCCAACAUCAAUGCACCGGCCCCAUUCCUAGCUGGCCAAGAGGUGGAUAAUUUUUUUGCCGAAUUAGAUGACGAAGAGUUUGUGGAGCUUUUUUGCAAUGAAGAAAACCGUCCCCCAGCCCAAGAGGAAGGCGUGAAGAGGCAAACUAAACUGUUAACAAAGUUUGAACAGUGUGCCGACGAAGAAACGACGGUCAAUACUUCCACGUCGCACUGGGACGAUAGUUUUACCGAACUCCUGCCGAAACUGGCAUCGGACGGGCAGCGGAAGCAAUCCUCCUCGCCGCCGGAAGACGUUCAGCGUCAGCGAAGGGAAGCGUUGCAGAAACAGGUGGAGUAUGUCGAUAGUAAACCGGAGGAAAAGUGUCGUCGUAGGGUAUCAACGUUCUGCAGCAAGAAGUUACAACCCGAUCGGGUUGGUUUGGAACAGUUUGUCGGGGUCGGAAUUCGACCAACGCUGGGAGCGGUGAUGAAUGCUGGCACGAGCGUAACAAUGAACAACGUUAUGACGUUUCGAUUCAGCAUGAUCGAUUACUAUGGCGAAGCUUUGUGCAAUAGUAAUACCACGGGGAUCCCUAUCGGUUCCGAUGGGGAAGCCGUCCUGCUGAUGGACCAUCACUCAACAGUCGGUGUGGAAGAGAUGAGACUGUGUUUUCUCGCCUCGCUCGGCAUCGACCCACGGCUCGUGCCCUCCGGUUGGGUAGAGAACGGUUGGCGUUGGAUCGUCACCAAGCUGAGCGCGCUGGAGCGAAAUUUAAACGAUCACUUCGCCGGUGUCCUAACUCCGGAGAACGUGUUUAAUCAGUUACAAUAUCGUUAUCACAUCGAGAUCGAUUGCGCUCGCCGGCCACCGCUGAAAAAGGUGCUGGAAAAGGACGAUAUUCCCAGCCGCCGGAUGGUGCUGUUCGUGUCGAACGUUUUCCCCACCGACGGUACCAUGGUGGAUCGGGAGUUGGAACUUUCCGACGGUUGGUACGCCGUCCGUACGGUGAUUGACUCCCCACUGGCUGCCGCCGUUCGCCAAGGGAAGAUAACGAUCGGCACCAAGCUGAUGGUCCAGGGCGGGGAAUUGCUGAACCACAAGGAUGGAUGUUCGCCACUGGAAGUGCCACCGGAGGUCCGGCUGAAGAUCCAUACGAACGCAACCCGGCGCGUUCGGUGGCCGGUGAAGUUGGGUUACUACCGGUGCCCGAUGCCGUUCCUUACGCCGUGCAGUGCGAUCGUCGAUCGGGGUGGUUUGAUUAGUCGUCUACGGGCGAUGGUGGUACGCGUGUACCCGCUGGUUUACGUGGAGAAGUCCUCCAGCGAAUCGCGUGGCUCCGUUCUACGCUCGGAGCGAAUGCAGCAGCGGCACAGUAGAAGGAACGACGCAAGCCAGUUGGACAGUCUACACAAGCUGUACAACCAGAUACAGCAGGAAAUUGAAAGCGAGCGACGGACCGCCAACACGUCGAGCCGGAAUGUUCGCGUGACGGAGAGUACACCUUGUUCUCAGCUGCAGAAAUUGCUGGAAGGUGGACUCGACGUUUCCUUUCUCGAUAUGGAACUCACCCUUUCGCAACAAGCCGUAAUACAACGGUUCCAGCAGCAGCGUCAGGAAGAGCUAGAGCAGGAGAUCAACCGGCGGGUGAAGUCACAGAUGGAUAAGCGCUCCGGUCGUUCUUCGGUGACUUCUUUGCUGAAGGUUCGCUUGAUGGAUCGCGUGAAACCGGAUCGGGCUUUCGUGCUGUCCAUCUGGCGUCCAUCGGACGACGUACGGUUUACGAUGCAGGAGCAAAACUACCUCGAAGCAACCAACAUCACCGCAAACGGAUGCAAGAACAACGAUGUCCAGCUGACCGCACAUAAAAGCAGCACUUACAGAACGUUGCCAAACCCCGGGGAGGUUUCGAACGCACUUGUAAGGUUCAACCGUGCCAUCACUCCGAUCGCCAGCAUCGAUCCACCAUCGUUCCGUCCAGCGUUUAGCGAGUUCGACACGAUCGGUGUGGUGGUACACGUCGGCAGCGUGGACUCGAAAAAGUUCCAAUCCAUCUACCUCGCCGACACGGCCAUGGAGUUGCUGUGCGUGAACUUUUGGCAUGGGCUGGCCGAGUACGCGUACGACGAUGUGGUACACGAGCGGACCAUUCUGUGCGUGGCGAACCUGCAGUGGCGUACGAUCGGUCGGCAAAACCAAGCGAUUCCACAAUCGUUCGCCACCGAGUACACGACGUUCACAGAAAAUCCACGCUCCGGGCCGCAGCGGGCCGAAUGGGACCGCUUUCAGCUGCAGCUGGAUGCGAUCGAUGCGGAUGAGUUUUUCCAACGCUGCCAGGAGAAGGUACGUGAGCUGAAGGACACCGUCGGGGGCAUCGGUACACUGGCGACGGCGACGACCGGGAGCUUUUCAACGCCAAACGCCCAGCGCUCGAUGUCACGGAUGCUUCUAGCGCAACAUUCCACCCCCCUCGGAGCUGGUGGCGGGGGAAGCCUGGCGCAGCGUAAGAUUGAAACACUGUCCACGAUUUACGGCAGCCCGCCCAAACUUUCACCGAUUGUGAUACGUUCGAAUCCGAUCCUACGUAAAGGAUUUAAAACACCAGCCCGGCUGGAUGACGGCCAUUCCGGUUCACCGGCGUCAAAAAACUGACACGUGGCGGUAAGAGCUUUGUCCUUUCGAUCGUCCACUGAAAAAGGUGGCUAUUCGAUACUCAGGGUACUUCUUCUUCUUCUUGGGGGUCCGCGACAGCCGAGCGGUAGCGCCGGUUAGAAAAUCGGCCCAUGAGCGCUGGGGCUCACCACCUCGACGGCGUGGGUUCGAAUCCCAACCGAGACCGGACCCUCCCCUGUACGAGAGGACUGACUAUCCACGUACAAUAGGGUAAAAAAUCUCGUAAGCCCUUAACGGGCAGGCAUGACCAAGAGGUCGUUACGCCAAGAAGAAGAAGAAGAAGGUACUUCUUGUUGGAGACGUGUUUUGAUGUUUAUGUUUUGUUGAAAUAUAAUACGUUUCUUUCGUUAUGCA